AUUCCCAUUCCCAUUCGAUUUUAAAAAAAGUUUUCUUUAAAACCAAAUCUUUGCUUCUACACUCCAUCAUGGCAUUAACUUCACAAUAUUCAUCACUUCGAUCAUCCACUUCAUCAUCACAUUUAGUUUACUUUGAAAUCUUAAUCUUGAUCUUACCAUUCCCAUUGGAUUUCUUACUACAUCUUUAUCUGAACUUGAUUGGAUCCUUGAUUGAUGAAUUCACUUUGAAAUUCCAUCAACUUUCAAAUCGAGUAGAAAUCAUUUAUUCGAUUUCUUGUCAUCAGUUUUUGAAUUUUUUAUUUUAUUUAAUUCAACUCAAGUUUAUCUUUGGUGAACCAUUUCCAAUCUCAAGUACAACUAAACCAUUUGAUUCUUAUCAUUUGUUAUCUUCUUCAAAUCAACAACAACAACCAUCAUCACCACAUUCAAAACUUUCAUCUUAUUCUAAUUCAAGAGCUUCAAUCUUAAUCACUAAUAAUUGUGAUCAUCAUCCAUUAGCCCUUAAUUUAGCUUUAGAAUUCGCUAAAGUAGGUUAUCAUGUCUUUUUACAAGUCUCAUCUCAUUCUCAAUUAUCUGAAGUUAUCUUGAGAUGGCAAAGACUUAAAUCUCAAAUUAAUAAAUCACAUCAAUCUCAAUUACCUUUAAACCAACUCUUUUCAAUCCAUCAACCAGAUUCACAUCAACCUCAUUCACAAAAAUCGACCAUCACCGGUUCUUUGAUUCCAUUGGUUUAUACAACUCAUCAUUUAGAUCAACGUAAUGAUGCUAUUUCCACUAUCAGGGCUUAUGCUAGAGAAGAAUCUUUUGAUAUGAUGUCUUUGAUUCAUGUUAUUCAUCCUCAAUUCAUUCGUCAAUCUCAUUUAAAUCCUCCCUUGACGCCUACUCCUAGUCUUUCACCUAGUCUUUCACCUUCUAGAUCAACUCGUAGAUUAUCAGUCACCUCUCAUGAUCCAAUCGGGCUAAGUUCUCCUACUCAUCAUGUCAUGAAUUUAAACCAUCAUAGUUCAUCUUCAUCAUUAAAUAUCUCAUCACCUACCACUACAUUUUAUCCAAACCAUCAAAUCCCAAUCUCAUCUUGUUCAGAAUCAUAUUUAUUUGAUACAUUCAAUGAUCUUUUAUUGGGACCUUUAUCACAUACACAAGAUUUCUUACCUACCUUGAUUUCACUCAAAGGUAGAGUUUUACAUAUUUGGGCUUCAGAACAGAAGCGUGAUGGUGGAAAAGUGGAUGAAGAUGAUUCGAUUAAUUUGAUGGGACUCGGUAGAGAUGGGGUUAAGAGAAUGGUGAAAAUGUUGGGAUCUGAACUUAAAGCUUUUGGAAUUCCUGUUUCAUUGAUUUUUACAAAGACUAAUAAAUGUAAAAAGAUUAAGGUUUCCAAUCAUCAAUUAACAAAUGAUGUUAGAAGUAUCUUAACUGAAGAAUCAGAUCCCUUAAUCUUAAGAACAUUCCAAAAUCAAGUAGAAAUUAAACAAGAAGAAGAAAGAAAAUUUAAACAAAAGGAAGUAGAAGAAGAAGAAGAUGAAGAUGAAAAACCAAGAAGUCUUAUUGAGAUAUGUUCAAAGUGCUCUUGAAUCUCAAUUUCCUCAUGAACUUUAUCCAUUAAGUGUGAAAUCUUUAACAAAUGAGAUAUAUAAAACUUUUAAAGGGUUUUGGAUUAAGAAAUGAUUUUGGAGUUUGAUUUGAUUUCAUUGAUUUGUAGUUUGAAUUUUUCGUAUUUUUUGUAUUUUUUUUUCUUUAGUGGAUGGAAAUCUUUGGGGUUUUUUAAACUUCGUGUAUAUAGAAUCGUAUUAUCUCAUUUGUAAGAAAAAAAGUUUUUUCAAGUUGGAAUUGAAGUUUUUUUUCGAUUGGUUUCUUUUGUAACAGUUUCUUUUCUUCAUGUCACAUUAAGCCAUUUUUUGUUUCAAAGCAAUGUAAGAUUAUCGAAUAACCAUCUUUUUUGUAGUAAUAUUCAUGGUUUGCAGUUUAAUGUGAUGUGUAGGCUGACGUGUUCUGCCAUCAUCUGUUUUGC